CCGCACACAGGCCUGUGUCCUUUGCCAGCACUGAUUGAACCGCGGCCGUUGCCAUGGCUACACGGUGGCCCAAUGAGAGGCUCGCGGUUGUCAGCUGCUGAAUGAAAACAGUGGCCAUUUUGCGCACGAAGCCGCGGCAUCAUUCACUUAAUAGCCAAACGGAAACGGAAGAUUCUGACCAUUUCUGGAUGUAGGUGGUUCGGCAGAGUUUAUCAGCACCGCGGUGCGACGGCGCGCCUGUCGAGAAGAAAGAGAGGAGGAGGAGGAGGCAUUCGGUGCAAUAGUGUCGCCACUCCGGCUGCUGUUGCGUUUGGCUGGUGAGAAAACGGACUAGGACAGGUUUCCCCGCCUCACUUCCCUGGGCCUGUUGACCCCCCACGAGAGAGAGAAGGAAUGAGAGAGGAAGCGGUGGAGAAAGAACUACCUUUUAGUUAGCUGAGCUGAUCGAAACCGAGUAGCGUUGAAAAACAGGUGUAUGGUUUCAUCGCACGGAUGCAGCACCGGCUCGCGCGUGUCGCCUCUCCGCCGCUGCCGAAGUGAGAACUUUUAAUUACCUCGUAUGUUGAGGGGGCUGGUUUCCUGCUCAUAUCUAAGGACUGCGAGGCAGUCGUUUUAAGGCAUUAAACGGGAUACAGUCAGGGAAUAAAGACGGACACCAGAAGGAGACACUUAGCCUGAGAGGGGAAAAACAGUGGAGGAAGGAAUUACAUCUCACCAGUCAUCCUUAUCUGACUUGUGAUAGUUCCCAGUCUCCUGGUUUUAUGACGGACAGUGUGUCCCCCUGCAGUAGAUCAGUAAGAAGUGCUCUUCAGUAUGAAUACAGAUAGCGGAGGAAUUAUGCGAAAAAGCGUGGCCUUGUCACUCAUACUCUCUCCAAUGAAGAGGGUCCAGAGCUCACCAAAUUUGGCCACAGCUAAUGAUUCUCACUCAACAGAGUUUGAUUCUUGGCGGUCCCGCAGCGUUACUGAUGGUUUGAAAAAUGGAGAUGCCAGCAGUUCAUCUCUUGCUGCCAAAGGAUUUCGGAGUGUCAGACCCAACCUACAGGACAAAAAGUCUCCCACACAGGAUGUCAGUCCCUUGCCACAGCCACCCCCCAGGAGAGAGAGCUUUAACCUCUUGUCCAUUGGCACCAAUCCACCGGAAUUCAACUCAAUCACUGAUCUGGCUAAUGACUUAAGUUCUAGAAGACUAACAUUCACAAAGAACGACAGAGCUGUAUUAAAAGAAUCCUGCACGGUUAGCAGCACAUCCUCUUACUCUUACUCUGAGACCAGUGGAAAUUCAGUCCAGCAGGUUAAUCAGUCCACAGCUGCAAAUAAUAUGAGCAACCUCAGUGCCUCUGCCACUACCAGCACACAGAAACGUAAAGUUUCUUCACUUAAGCUAACCCCUGUCACUAUCCCUGACCCCCCUGAUCACGUUACUCCUCAAUUUGAAACCCAUUCCAAGAUCUUGACCUCAGGCUCACUCUUACCAUCUUCUCCACCUCCACAAAUGGUUUCAAACACACCCCAAACCCCAUCACAGACAGCUUCAGUGUAUGUCCACUUAAAUGCAGAAAAUCUAAAAAAUCCAGCAGCUUUGGCUUCAAAUCCAAGAAUGGAGGUGAAGGUCCCAGAUCAAGAUCCAGAUCAGACCUCAACACCAGCCCCAACGCAAGUGAAGAUGACAAUGCCUCCUCCUACUAUUCCACCAAGACCUUCGCCUGCACAACUGUUGGGGCCUCCUUCCCCUGACCCUUCAGCACGGCACUACCCCGGUCGCUGCCAGAGCUCCGAAUCACUCGACUACCCAUCCAGCUUAAUGCCCAAGGCCUUAUCGUCACCCACCCCGUAUGUUCCUAGUAGAGCUGUUAUGAAAACUGGAGCAAUCAGUGGGCAGAGUGUUGCCGCCUUCAGCAACAUGAGCAUUGGUAGCUGUGUGUCACCGGCGACUUCCCCCGUGACAGUCUCGGCACUCAGCCACUACUCGUCAUCCACGACGGGUCUGCUUGAUGAGCUUCAGAUCUGUAGCCUGGACUCACCUGGCGCCUCACCCACACCUUCGCCCACGCUCAGCCAUGUCUCUACCUACAUAUCCACUGCUGGGCCUGAUGAUGUGCUAACAACCUCUGUGGGCUCUACUGCUGCAGCAGCUACUGUCACUAAUGGUCAAGUUCUUUCUCAUGCAGUGAAUGGAAGUACCAGCUAUUCACAGAGGCCCAUGUCUCCACCGUCAUAUCCUCCUCCUCCACCUCCUCCUCCAUCACUCCACACAGGCCUCCAGAGACACAGCAGGAGCUCAGAGGGCAGCGAGUCGGUCACCAGGGAGUCUGUGGUUUCAGGUCACACCAGCAUCAGCAGCACAGUGCCCCUCGCUCGCUUCUCAGAAGAAGAAAAGAAGGUGUCCAUCGUUAAAGCCCCGCAUUACGAAGGCAUUGGACCUGUGGAUGAGUCUGGCAUCCCUAUUGCCAUUCGCACGACAGUUGACAGGCCAAAAGAUUGGUACAAAACUAUGUUCAAACAGAUUCACAAAGUUCACAAAGCAGAUGAUGACUACUGUGGCACAUACAAUGCAACAUAUGCUUUCAUAAACAAUGCCGAUGACUACAGCACCACCAUGGCCCACCCACCUCCUCGGACACACACAUAUAGACCUCUGUCCAAAAGCCCCUCAGACAACGGUGGGCAGCGGGUUCCUCGGGAGCCCUCACCUUCCCCAGUACCCCCACCACCUCCACCAAUGCCCUCCCUCCUGCAGCUUAGGGCCAGAGACAGCGACCGGGACAAAGAUUCAACAGACAUGAAUGAAUGGGGUCCUCCAGACAGGAAAGUGGACACACGAAAGUACCGCGCAGAGCCCAAGAGUAUUUUUGAGUAUGAGCCUGGCAAGUCAUCAAUUCUGGAGCAUGAAAGACCAACCUAUGAUGACAUAGAUUUAGAGAACGAGCCUUGGUAUAAGUUCUUUUCCGAGCUGGAGUUUGGGCGGCCGCCUCCUAAAAAACGGCUGGAUUAUAAUCCAGACAUCUCCACCCGCCAGCGCAUUGAGACGACCCUCCACAUCGCCCCGGCUGACAAGGCUUCAGAGAGACCUGCAAGUGCUGCCAGCGACUACAGGAAAAGAAGGAAGUCUGAACCAUCAAGUUCACAAGUGAAUGCCCAGUCCCAGAGCAGAGCUGCAACUUCCCCUAGACCAGUGGAUGCCUACAGAUCCAGCAGCAGCCUAAAGAAACCUGUCAUUCGUUCCUCACCUUCCUCACCCUCCAGAGCCAAAGACCAGGAUGUAUCGAGGAGUUAUUCCACCAUGGAUGAUCGACACACGCCGCAGAGAGGAAGAGCAACUCCUGACAAAGAGAAACAGCCUGCAAGAGCAAUUUAUGAUUUUAAGGCACAAACAGCAAAGGAGUUGACAUUUAAAAAGGGCGACUCGGUCAACAUCAUCAGGCAAAUAGAUAACAACUGGUACGAAGGCGAGCACAGAGGCCGUGUGGGCAUCUUCCCCAUCGCAUACGUUGAGAAGACGCCGUCGUCAGAGAAGCACCAGCCAAUCCGUCCUCCUCCUCCAGCUCAGGUCAGGGAGAUCGGCGAGGCUGUGGCACGCUAUAACUUCAACGCUGACACUAACGUGGAGCUGUCACUAAGAAAGGGGGAGAGAGUUAUAGUCGUCAGGCAGGUGGACCAGAACUGGUAUGAGGGGAAGAUUCCAGGAACAACCAAGCAAGGCAUCUUUCCGGUUUCCUAUGUUGAAAUUGUCAAGCACUCUCCAUCCAAGAGCUCCGCCCAUCAUGUAGAUCCACAUGCUUACAGCAGGACACCAAGCUCCACCCCCAUCAAGUCCUUCUAUCUCCUCCCUCCAUCUCUUCCUUCCCCUCAACCCUCUGAGAGAACACUCGACCUGCAGGCCAUCACCAGCGAGUGGCUCUCGCUCACGCUGGACCCAUCAGCCCCCACCUCCACCCCUUCAUUCACAGCCACUCCUUUACCUCCUACACCACCCCCUCUCCCCGCCGACCUCGCCCCCCUCCUGACGGCACAGGAGCCGACCUCAGCCUCACCUGCUGCAUCACAUAAAGGUUUCUCCUUUUCACACCGGCCAUCUUCCAGAAGUCCUGUUUCCUCUGACAGGAGAGCGGGUUCAGGUCACACCCCAGCUGCCCUUCCUCUCUCCCAGCCCUCCCCGCCACUGCCUCCUCCUCUUCCUCCUCCUGUCUCUUCCUCAUUCACCUCCACGCUGCCGGAUAGUUUAUUGACGCACAUUGGGAAUCGGCUACAGAUUUCUGAGGCAGACAACGCUUUAAGCUUUACUAGGCCUCAACCUUUGACCUGCACCAAGUCAGUGACAGGAAAAUUUCCCUUGCAUCUCCCAGAGCAGCAACUGUCUCCUCUUGCACACGAAAGCGGCACACUGCCCGACAUCGAGCUGCAUGUUAGAGACCCUUAUGAUGAGCAGCUGUCAGCGGCUCCAGAUGAGUUCAGUGUAGAUGAUACUGACAUUUCAAAAAAGCCUUCAGUAGAGUUCAUAUGUGCCAAGCUGAAUGGUGAAUCUCAGAGCAGAUGGUUUCAGAACAAUGUCAAACAACUCAGUCCUCUGGCAGCAGCUAGUGACUCACCUGGCAGGGUUCAUCUAAAACUGCAGUUUCAUGAACCGUUAAGCUUGAAGCCGCUUUCUGUUUUCAUUGAAGAGCAGCCAGUAUCAGUAAAUGAGGAGCUGGUUGAUCCUCACAGGCCACCGUCAGAACAAGGACACAUAUACACGGAGUUAUUCAUAGAGGAAGAAGACGAAGACAUGACAGACAAAGAGGAGAAUAUUAGAGAGUCAAAUGGGCGAAUAAGUCCACAGGCUGAAGUCUCUUCCUCCUCCUCAUCACAGUUACCUCACUCUGACCGCCUUCCCUUCAUCAUCCCGUCCCCCCCAGCAUCCACUCUCCCUCCUUCUGUAAUUUCUUCCUCCUCCACGUCUUCCCAAUCCCAACAACAUGACUCCUCCUUUUCCCCUGUCCUUCCUCACUCCCCCCCAUGCCUCCCUCACCUGACAACCUGUGAACUUCCUGCAGUCUCUCACUGCCCGUCUAUAUCCCCCCCUCCCUCUCACCUUUCGGAUCCCUCUGCAGUUGUUCCUGUCUCCCAGCCCUCCACUUCUCCCUGUCCACCCAGCCCAGUUACGUCCUGCCCUGUCUCAGAGUCAGUUUUCCCUCCCCCAACCCCGUCUCCCCCUAAAACUGCCUCUCCUCCUCUCUCUAGUCCCCACUCCCCCAACACUGCCCCCGUUGUAUCGCACGCAGGCCGUAGGUCCCCCAAAGUGAAGGAUCCAGUUGUUGGCGGUAAACCCCCUCGUAGCCCCAUCUUGUCCAGGAGGUCCUAUCUGUCACCAGUUAGAGGUCGAAGGCGGUUGGUACAGGAUGCACUCCACGGUGGAGGAGACCCGUACCAGGCUCUGUACAACUACACGCCUCGCAACGAGGACGAGCUGGAGCUGAAGGAGGGAGACGUCGUGGACGUCAUGGAGAAAUGUGACGACGGCUGGUUUGUUGGGACGUCUCGAAGGAGCAAGCUGUUCGGAACCUUCCCGGGAAACUACGUGAAGCUGCUAUAAUGAUGAUUCCAGACUCCACUGUAGCCCCGCCCACUUCUGUGACACGUUCAUGGCCGUCAGCAGCACAGCCCCGCCACAGGAUGUCAGCAGAUACCUGAGGCUGCAGCACACUUUGCAGACAGAAUCUUAGCUUCAACUAGCCAUCUUUAAUGAAAGACUUCUACAAGAUAAUGCUGUUUUUUUAAUCUUCUCUUUUUACGCUUAUUUUUCUAUUAUGGACCCUCGAAAUUUGUGCUCCUUUAAUGUUUGACGACGGGAGGAAGGAUGUCAAAGGACCGCAGCAACACGUUCCUUUCUAUUUGAGCUGUUUUCAGGGCAGUCAGAGUACUAGGAUCAGCUCCGCAGUUACUGAAAUGUUCAACUCUUCGGUAGUUUAUUUCAGUGUUCACUCACAGGAAUCCCUGAGAAAAUGAAGUGCAGAAAGUGUUAAGAAAGCAGUAUUGUGUUAGACUUGUAUUUUUGGGGAUUUUAACAAACAUAGGCUGUGCAAAUACCACACUAUCAGGUAUGUAGGGGUUUAGUUUAUUGCCGAGACUCCCAGCAUAAAUCAUAAAACAUUUUCAAGUUGUUGGUUUUUGUUUUAAACAUUUUCCACUUUAGCGUUGAUGCACUUUAACUUUAUCUCCACACAAGCUUGUGUGCUUCCUUUCAUUUCCCCCUUCAGAUUUAUGACAGCGGUUCCUCAGACUGCAGCACUUCAGGAGGCAGUCGUCUGGAAAAUGUUGGCAGGAAGGUUGUUUACCUUUUUAGGUAUUUAUUAGAAGAUGAACUGUUGAUCAAAUUGUGUCAGGAGGUGAUGAACGUGAUAUUGUUUUCUUUUUUUUUGUAGAAGACAUUUUAUAACAUCGGAUGUUUAAAGCCUGGUUCUUUCAUUUUCAAGAACCAUUGUGCUGUUGGAUUGUUGAUGCUUGAUGGAAUAUAAUGAAUUAUCACAUUUCUAACAUGGAUUUUAUUUGAAGAUGCAGGAUGAGAUCACGUAUGUGUUGCUGUCAGAGUGAGUAGUAGUAUCCCUGUUCAUGUGUGCAUAUUAUAUGGAAUAUUUGCUAUUUUUCAUCUUAGCUAAGCUGUCACACGAAGUGAACACCGCUUGUUUGUUUUUGUCUUUUUUCUUAUUCCUCAUUUAUCAUUUCACAAAGAUGGACACUGACAACAAAAACCAUUGUUAAAGCACCUUAAGAUGUGUUCUUCAUCAUCGUCCUUCACGUCACUCCUUCCAAUUCACUUCUCCAGCCAGUGUGAGAACGCUUUGUGUUUGUGUGUUGUGUUUUUUGUAAGCCUUUUGUAUGAGAGCUGCACUCCAGCCAGCAUCCACAUGCUUUAUAAACUCAGCUGUUUUUCACCCACCA